AUGCUGCAAGCCAACACGGCCAAGCGAGCCGUGCAGUGCCUCCCCAAGGCGCGCCGCUUCUCCUCGACUCCCGCCCCGGCGGCGAUAUCACCACACCGAAGAACCACGCAAAAAUCAUCACAGCAGCAAACACAGACGCCCUCGAAACGAAGUGUGUCCGAUACGGCGACGCGAUCAGCACAAGCGGCGGCGAUAUCACAGCAACGACCCGUGCCCAGUCCUGCAUUCAACCGCAACGAUGAGCGACUACGGGAUGUGCAGCCUCUGCAGCCAUACAGGCAGCCGGAGAUGGACCAUAGCUUUGUGGGCAUGAAGGGCGGAGAGAUCUUUCACGAGAUGAUGAAGAGGCAAGGGGUGAAGCAUAUCUUCGGCUACCCUGGCGGCGCUAUCCUACCCUGUUUCGACGCCAUCUACAAUAGCAAGGAAUUCGAGUUCAUCCUUCCACGGCAUGAGCAGGGCGCUGGACAUAUGGCGGAAGGUUAUGCGCGCGCCACUGGCAAGCCUGGUGUCGUCCUCGUCACUUCGGGUCCAGGAGGCACCAACACCGUGACACCUAUGCAGGAUGCCCUCAUGGAUGGCACUCCCUUGGUUGUCUUCACUGGACAGGUGGUGACCUCCGCGAUCGGCUCCGAUGCUUUCCAGGAAGCCGACAUGAUCGGCAUUUCAAGAGCGUGCACCAAGUGGAACGUGAUGGUCAAGAACGUAGCAGAGCUUCCGAGACGCAUCAAUGAGGCGUUCGAGAUUGCCACUUCUGGUCGACCUGGACCGGUGUUGGUGGACCUCCCUAAGGAUGUCACUGCUGGAACUCUCACACGACCUAUUCCUGUCACCUCUACUCUCCCGGUACAUCCGUCAGCGGCAACGGUAGCUGCACGAGAAAUGGCCAUGAAGCAUCUUGAUGGCACUCUCCAGCGCACCGCCAAGCUGAUCAAUGUGGCGAAGAAGCCGGUCAUUCUCGCUGGACACGGUAUUCUCGGCUCUUCUGACGGUCCAAAGAUGCUGAAGGAACUUUCAGAGAAGGCGCAGAUUCCCGUAACGACUACUCUUCACGGACUUGGUGGAUACGACGAGCUGGACCCGAAGUCUCUGCACAUGCUUGGAAUGCACGGUUCGGCCUACGCUAACUUCACCAUUCAAGAGGCUGAUCUGGUCAUUGCGCUCGGCGCUCGGUUUGACGACCGUAUCACUGGCUCUGUGGCGAGGUUUGCACCUGCAGCUCGCCAGGCAGAGGUCGAGGGCAGAGGCGGCAUUGUGCAUUUCGAUGUGCUUCCUAAGAACAUCAACAAGGUCAUCCAGGCUACCGAGGCUGUCGAGGGCGACGUCACAUCGAACAUCGACAUGCUGCUCCCUUACGUCGAGCAACGAACAGAGCAAGACCGAGGAGAGUGGUUCAAGCAGAUUGCCACCUGGAAAGAGCGCUUCCCUUGGGCCUACGAGAAGGAGACAGGCCCUGACUCUAUGAUCAAGCCUCAAACCGUCAUCGGCAUGCUCUCCGACCUCACCGCCCACCGCAACCAAGACACCAUCAUCACUACCGGCGUCGGCCAGCACCAAAUGUGGGCGGCCCAGCACUACCGCUGGCGAACCCCGCGCAGCAUGAUCACCUCCGGCGGUCUCGGCACCAUGGGCUACGGCCUCCCCGCCGCCAUCGGCGCCAAAGUCGCUCAGCCCGACAAACUCGUCGUCGACAUCGACGGCGACGCCUCCUUCCUCAUGACCCAGACCGAGCUCGGCACGGCCGCGCAGUUCAACAUCGGCGUCAAAGUGCUCGUGCUGAACAACGAGGAGCAAGGCAUGGUGACGCAAUGGCAGAGCCUGUUCUACGAAGACCGCUUCUCGCACACGCACCAGCGCAACCCGGACUUCGUCAAGCUGGCGGAGGCGAUGCAUGUCCCCGCGCGCCGGACGAGUAAGUUUGCGAACUUGGAGGAGGAUCUGAAGUGGCUUGUGGAGGGCAGUGGGGAAGGCCCGGCGUUCUUGGAGGUGGUGACGGAUCAGAAGGUGCCGGUGUUGCCGAUGGUGCCGGGCGGGAGUGCUUUGCAUGAGUUGUUGGUGUAUGAUGAGGCUAAGGAGAAGGCUCGGAGGAAGCAGACGAGAGAGAGGACGGGGCGGUAA